AUGGCUCGGACACUCCGCGCUUCUUGCAAGCAGCUAGUCCGCCCAGAUGUGCUGGUCACAGGCUCCGGCGGCCACCUCGGCCACGCCCUGAUGCUUGAGCUUCCCAAGCACGGCUUCCAGCCGCUCGGGCUCGAUCGAUUGCCUCCUGAGAACGGCAUCUUGAGCUUGACAGGCUCUGUCGUUGAUCGUGGACUGCUAUCGCAAGUCUUCAAGGAAUACACUUCAAUACGAUAUGUGAUCCAUUCUGCAGCGCUGCAUAAGCCUCACGUUCCUACUCACAGCAAGCAGGCUUUCAUCGAUACAAAUCUCACAGGGACACUCAAUGUCCUCGAAGAGGCCGUCAAGCAUAGUGUGGAAGCCUUCGUCUUUGCCAGCACCACGAAUACGUUCGGAUCAGCCGUCGCUUACGCUGCUGGUGCGCCGUCGGCCUGGCUCAAUGAGGAAACUGCGUGCAAGCCAAACAACAUAUAUGGCGCAACAAAGCUUGCUGCUGAGGAUCUGUGUCAAGUGGUUCAUAUGGAGUCUGGAAUGCCAACCUUGGUCCUCAAGACGGCAAGAUUCUUUCCAGGAGAGGACGACGAUCUCAGCUGGCGAAAGGAGUACAACGGCAUCAGUGAGAAUCUCAAAGUGAAUGAAUUGCUCUACCGCCGAGUAGACAUCGCAGAUGUAGUGACAGCAUAUGUACAGGCAUUGAAGAAGGCGAAAGUGGUCGGAUUCAGCAAAUAUGUGAUAAGUGCUCCUCCGCCAUUCCAGCCUAGCGGUAGACUUCUCACGCAACUGGGCCACGAUGCUGCUCCAGCUCUUGCGGAGUUGCUACCCGAGUACGUGGAAUUGCUGCGAACUGUAGGCUGGAAACUGCCCGCAAGGCUGGACCGGGUUUGCGACUCGUCCAAGGCUAUGCGAGAGCUGGACUGGCGGCCUGUGCACACCUUCCAGCGUGCUGUCUUGGCGGUAAGCCAGGGUCGCGGUUGGAACAGUGAGCUCGCGAGGAAGGUCGGUGAGAGACAAUAUCAUUGA